GCGGGAGGGGGAGGGGGUUAUUUAAUAUACGAAAGUCGCGGCUGCGAAACCAGAGUAGAACUCUGUUCUAAUCCACGUGUGGCAAGUCAAGAAGGCUACCAGCGGGUCCUUUAUACUCGAAGUUGAUAAUAUGGGGUCAAUGGAUGAAAAUCUACAACAAUCCGAUAGUCGCGGCGCGAGUUGUGAUCUAAUAGAGAGCAAUUGGGAUGAAGUUGUUGAAACUUUUGAUGAUAUGAACUUAAGAGAAGCCCUACUUCGUGGUAUCUAUGCUUAUGGUUUUGAAAAGCCUUCACUUAUUCAACAAAGAGCCAUUGUUCCUUGUAUUAGAGGACUAGAUGUAAUUGCACAGGCCCAAUCAGGUACUGGCAAAACAGCAACCUUUUCUAUUGCACUUCUGCAGAAACUUGAUAUUUGUACGAAAGAAUGUCAAGCCCUUGUGCUCGCCCCAACAAGAGAAUUGGCUCAGCAGAUUCGUAAAGUUGUACUUGCUCUAGGAGACUAUAUGGAAGCACAAUGUCAUGCUUGUAUAGGAGGUACAGAUGUCCGUGAUGACAAGAUACGUCUCAACCAAGGUGUGCAUAUAAUUGUAGGAACACCCGGCCGUGUUCAAGACAUGAUUACUCGGAACUUUUUAAAAACUGAUAAAAUCAAGUUAUUUGUAUUGGAUGAAGCUGAUGAGAUGUUGUCUCGUGGUUUUAAAGAUCAAAUCUAUAGUGUGUUCCGCUGUAUGCCUGAGAACAUUCAGGUACUUUUGUUAUCAGCCACCAUGCCUAAAGAUGUCUUAGAUGUCACAAAACAAUUUAUGAGAGAUCCUGUAAAAAUUCUUGUGAAAAAGGAGGAACUUACUCUUGAAGGCAUCAAACAAUUUUACAUUCAAGUAGAACGUGAAGUGUGGAAGUUGGAUACUUUAUCAGAUCUGUAUGAGACCCUGACCAUCACCCAGGCUGUCAUAUUCUGUAACACACGCAGAAAGGUUGACUGGUUGACUACCAAAAUGUUGGAAAGAGAUUUCACUGUCUCUGCUAUGCAUGGCGAUAUGGAGCAAAAGGAGAGAGACAUCAUUAUGAAGGAGUUCCGUACAGGUUCCAGCCGUGUUCUUAUUACCACAGAUUUAUUAGCUCGUGGAAUAGAUGUGCAACAAGUAUCUCUGGUUAUCAAUUAUGAUUUACCUUCGAAUAGAGAAAAUUAUAUCCAUCGUAUUGGCAGGGGUGGUCGAUUUGGUCGUAAAGGAGUUGCUAUCAACUUCGUAACUGAGGACGAUAUUCGGACUCUUCGAGACAUCGAACAUUUUUAUAACACUGCAGUUGCUGAAAUGCCUAUGAAUGUUGCUGACCUCAUCUAAAUUUAUUUUGGAGCAACCCUGUUUAAUCUUGGAAGACAAUCAUUGUCUCUGCAGAUCAUGAACUUCCUACAGCUUUUCCAAAGAAAUUCUCUUCCAAAGAAAAGAAAGAAAAAAAGAUUAAAAGAAAAAGAAAAAAAAAUCCCUUGGUUGUCUUACUGACUUGUUCUAUGUUUUUUGUUAGCAUAGUAAAACUAUAAUAAAUUUCUCAUUGUGUAUGGGCAUAUAUAUAUAUGUAGAUAUACAUAUAUAUAUAUGACUUUUUUUUUCUUUCUUAAUUAUACAUAGCUGUUAAGUUCAUAGGUAUUGUAUAUAAUACUUUAUAACACAAACCAUAUCAAAAUUCAUUUGUCCUGUUCUGACUAGUCAUUGUUAUUUAAAAGAAAAAAAAAAUGUGUUUUUGGUGAAAAAUCUUUACUAUAUUUACUAAGUUUAAGUUACUUAAUCCUUUAUGUAUAAAGAAAAAGUGAAAGGAAUGGAAAAUGAAUUAAUAAAAAUGGGUCUUAUUUUAAAUGGCUGUCCUAACAGUUAAUUCUCCACUCUUGCGUUCCGGUAACAUUCCAUAAUUGAUCAAGCAGUCAUUAAGAAGUUUAGUUAUAUUAUUAAAUGUUUACUGUUUCAAAUGUUGUUCUUUUCUGCAUAUGAACUAAAUGUUAUUUUUAUGCUUGAUUUUAAAAAUGGAUCUUCCAGAAUGAGGAUGAUGGAAAUAAUCUGAAAAUGAAAUGUUUCUCUAUUUUCUGUUUUCCAUCCUUCAUAGCAUCUCUAACUAAUAUUUUACUGCUACUAUAUAGUAUAUACAAAAUGUGAGGUUCAAGUUUUUUUUGUUGUUUUUUUUUUUGUCAGCAGGGAUGAUGAUGAUAAUGAUGACAAAUGGGGGUGAUGAGGAUGAUGAAUAUGUCCAGCUAUAUUUUAGAUCAUACGGUAGUUUUUACCUUAACAAGCUGGCUGGUUGUUCAUGUGGUAUUAAAAUAGUUUUUUAAAAAAUUUCUCCUUCAGUUCUAUAUUGUACAUUUUUAUUCAGUCAAAAGGUUUUUUUUUUUUCUCCCUUGUAAUUUAAAUUUAUUAAGUUAAAAUAGAUAUUAAAAAAGAAAAAAAAGGCCUAAGUUUGGUUAAGUAGUCAGCAUUGCAGGCCAGCAAGGAUUGCUUUUUGUUUUCCAGUUCCUAUCAGAUGCAGUUUGGAAACUAAACCAAGAUAUAUAUUCCUCUCCUGCAGCUGUUUUACCAUCUCAUUUUUUUAGUGGUUGUGUAUUAAGGUCUCUUCACCAUUUUUGUCAUUGAAGUUUUAUGCUGCUUGUUUCUGCAGAUCUGCAAGAAAAACUAGUUAGCAUUUUUGAGCCAACCUCAAAUGUGCUUUGUUGGUGUUUCCUCUUUAACAUUGACCAAAGACAUGGCUGUGGUUUCAAUUCUCUUAUUAUUGCUCUCCUAAGUGGUGACAGACUUUAUUACUCUAUUGACUCCUCCUUGCUGCAGAUUGAUGGAUAUUUUGGAAACAACAGUUGUAUGUCUGUAUUCUCUGAAUCAUGGAAUUACAAGAGAAUACAGAAAUGUUUCAUACUCUUGGUUUUGUCCAUUGUUGAAAUAAAAAGAUUAUAUUCUGUUUUGACUAAUUCAUUCAAUAAAAGAAAAAAAGAGAAGGGGUAAUUUAA